AUGAGGGAAAAGGACGAACGAGAGGACGAAGAGAAAUUCCCUCAAGGUUUGGACUUUUAUGGAGGCGCUCGCCCGUGGCGAGUGGAAUUUAGUGCCUUCGGAGAAUUUGGGGAGGAGAGAGGGAAGCCCGCCGACCUCCGAGUUCCCGGCGUCAGAUUCCAAGAGGAUUCUAAUUGCGAGGCGAUCGCCGAUUCCGAGCGUCUCUUUGGGUUGACGUUGAUCCUGUCCGGGUUCCUGUUGGUUCAUUCGUCUCUCGGAGCGUCGUCCGCGAAACGUCGGCUCCGUGCCGGUCUCAGGAACGAGAGCCUUCCUCGGCCACCAGUCGUUUCGGAAAGGUCACUGGACGGAUCGGAUGACCUCGGAGACGAAACUUGCGCCCUCAUCGUUUCCGGUCCGACGUCUCUGGUCGACCUUGCAGACAACGCCUUGAACAGCGUGGACGGUCACGACGGCGACCGGGCGUGCAUAACUUUCGGUUCCGUGAAUCGAGCUUUCACUAAGGCCAGGCAACGUUUCGGUCUCCCGGCCGCCCAUCGAAGGGAAUUAGAUAGUAACGAAGUCGGCGCCAUCGGGAAAGUCCUCCUGGAAACCACCCGCAUCAUCGCCCAUCGGUACGGUCUGGCGCCCGACGCGAUCGUGAAUGGCUUGCCGUUGAUCGACACGACCAAGACCGUCGUCGGACAGUACUGUCCGUACUGGCUGAAGAAGCCCGAAUGCGAGAGCAAGAGGUACCGAGAGUACAACGGACUGUGUACGAAUCUCGAGAAUCCUCACUGGGGUGCCACCAGGACCACCUUCAAGAAACUCAUCGCCCCUGCUUACCCAGACGGCGUGGACGCCGUGCGGGCGGCGAGCGACGGGAGCCCUUUGCCACCGGUGAGGCUGGUGUCCACAGCGAUUCACGGGGACAAGGGGCACCACGACCAUGCCGCCACCUUGAUGCUCGUCGCCUGGGGCCAAGCCAUCGACCACGACAUCACACUCACGGCGGAAACUAAAAAUGAGCAAAACAAGGACCCAGAAUGCUGCAAGCGCCAGGAUCACGAGGACUGUCUCCCGAUCUGGAUCCCGGACGACGAUCGCUUCUAUUCCCUGUUCAUGCAGCGAUGCAUGAACUUCGCCCGGUCCCUGCCGGGCCCCCGCUAUGCCUGCAAGCUGGGGCCGAGGCUCUCCUUCAACAUGAUCACCAGUGUGCUCGAUGCCAACUGGGUGUACGGAAGCACGAAGGAGGUGGCAAAAUCCCUCCGGAGCUUCCAGAAAGGUCAGAUGAAAAUGUUCCCCAUCUUCGAGGACUUCGGGCUCAAGGAACUUCUCCCGUUGAAGAUGAACGAGCCGGACGAUGGCUGCAUUAGACCCAGGCAGGACAUGUUUUGCUUCCACGCCGGUGACAAUCGAGUGAACGAGCAGGUGGUCCUAGCCGUGGUUCAUACCAUGUUCACUCGGUAUCACAACAUCCUGGCUGAGGUAUUGACUCGAGUCAAUCCGCACUGGGACGACGAGACGGCUUAUCAGGAGACUCGACACAUCAUGGCGGCCAUCGUCCAGCACAUCACCUACAACGAAUUCCUCCCCAUGGUCCUAGGGAAAGAGGUGAUGGAGAAAUACGACCUGGUCCUGGAGGAAGACGGGUAUUUCGACGGGUACGACCCGAAGAUCAAUCCCUCGGCUAGCGACGCCUUCAUCACGUCGGCUUUCCGAUUCGGACACUCUCUUCUCCCGUCGACGAUCGAGAGAUGGUCCACGACUCACAAGUAUAUCGGGUCUCAGAGGCUGAAUGGCAUGUUGAGGCAGCCGUACGACCUUUACAAGGGUGGGUGGUGCGACCAGUACAUAUGCGGCCUUGUGAACCAGGUUGCUCAAGCCAUGGACGAUUCCGUCACGGAAGAGGUGACGAAUCACCUGUUCCAAGAACCGAGCAAAAGGUUCGGUAUGGACCUGGCGUCGUUCAACAUGCAACGUGGGCGAGAGCACGGCGUCCCGGGCUACGGCGCAUACCGGAAAUUCUGCGGUUUGCCUCCGGUGAAGACGUGGUAUGAUCUGGCCGCCUGGAUGCCAAAUGACACGGUGAGGCGAUACUCCGAGAUCUACAGGAGCCCGGCAGAUAUCGACCUGUGGUCGGCGGGGAUCUCAGAGCGACCGCUGCCAGGCGCCAUGGUGGGACCCACUCUCGCCUGUCUCAUUGGUCUCCAAUUCCGGGAUCUCCGGCUCGGAGAUCGGUUCUGGUACGAGAACAGCGGAUGGCCCAGCUCCUUCACCAUCGAACAAUUGAACGAGAUCAGGAAGAUCAAGCUAUCCCGAAUCGUGUGUGACACUAGCGACGACAUGCACGAAGUGCAAGUCUAUCCAAUGGUUCUGCUUCAUCACGAAAUGUGA